AUGGCUGAUUUCAGCACCGCCCAUGCACAGCUUCCUCUGAGCCCUCCUCUUGGACUGCCCCUCGCACCACCAGUCUCAUCAACUUUGCCCACCGCCGCCAGUUCUUCCUUGUCGCCGUUGCCACUCAAAUCCAAGUUGCCCCGCGACUCGGAUGGCUCUACCACCGUUCCCCCCCACCGCGCGUCCACGAGCGCCCAGACCAUCAACAUCACCACCCUCAACGUCACAUACGGUGACCACUACGGCGGCGCCAUCCACAAUGGGUGCAUAGGCGGGCGGCGCAACGAAAACUAUUUCGACCCACCAUCAUACGCUCCGCCGCCACCGCUGCUGAUCGCAGUGGACAGCGCGGCGCUCGGGCUUGCAUUCGGCGUGGCGGGCAUAGCGGCGGUGUUGAUGCUGCUUCGACAUUGGGGAUGCGCAAGCCGAGCGAAGGACAGGGACGACAGGAAGAGGAGGGAAGAGGGCGAUGGGGAACACGAUUGA